AUGGCCGGCGGGGCCAUGGCGGGUGGGGAGGAUUCGCUUCGCGCUCUGCUCCGCGCCGCCAACGCGCUCCUGCAGCAGCGCCGCUACCACGCCGCGCUCGCCGUCAUCAAAGGCUUCCGAAACGGCGCCGUUUAUGGAGCCAAAAUCCGUGCCCCACACGCCCUGGUGAUGACUUUCCUGUUCAAGAGUGGAAGUUUCAGGGAGAAGCUGAAGUCCAUUGCCCAGGCCACGUACGCCCACUCCCGGAACCUGGCUUAUUUUGUGUUCACCUACAAGGGACUCCUGGCAGCCCAGUCCCGGCUGCAGGGGAAAAAAAUCCCAUUCCAUUCCUUCCUUGCAGCCUGCAUUGGGGGCUGGCUGGUGUUUGGUGACAACAACCCUAUCAACAGCCAGAUCAUCAUGUACCUGCUGUCCCGCAUCCUGUUCGGGCUGUCCCGGCUGGCUGUGCAGAAGGGCUACAUCCCCCAGCCCAGGCAGGAUCCCUUCCCUCUGCUGGCUGCCCUGGUGUGGGGGACAGUCCUGUGGCUCUUUGAGUACCACAGGGACACUCUGCAGCCCUCCCUGCAGUCCUCCAUGACCUACCUGUACGAGGACAGCGAGGUGUGGCACGACGUGUCUGACUUCCUCAUCUACAACAAAAGGACAGACAGCAAGUAGGUGCUUCCCUCUAAACCACCUUGGAAUGGGAUGGGACCUCCCAGCAGCUGGGGGAAAACGUUAUUCUGUUGCUUUUGGCCUGUGAAUUUUUAAAAUUAACAUCCAUCAAGCAGAGUUGGCUCUUGUCUGCAGGCCAGAAUGUUCUGAUCAGUUUUUUGGCUCUUUUUAGAGCAAGCUCAACCCCCACAGAAACUUGUUGCAGUCUGGUUUUAAGAGGCCUUAUUUUCCCUACAAGUGUGGCCUUGGGGUUUGUUCUUUAAAAACUAAGUAUAUUUAUAAAAUGACAGCCUGACACUAAGUGGAGAGUAUGAAACCAUGUUCUAGGGCUCAUCUGAAUGUGUACAAGUGUUUUUUUCUGUGCUGUUGUGCUCACUGUGGUGUGAUUGAGGGUGAAGGGAGUGGGGGACUUGCUGAGCUCUGAGAGCAGGGCCAUCAUUUCUUCAUUGCUGUGGAUGGCUGGGAAUCCUGUUUAAACUAUUAUAAGGACAGUUAUGUGCUCCUUGAGAGAGUUCCUCUGCAGUUUUCCCUCAGGGAGACAAUAAAAUGUGUGAGAAUUGAACUGUUAGGAUUGUCUUGUACCAGCCUGGUAAAUCAGGCUUGCAAAGACUAUUUUUGCUUGGUUCCUUUCCUGCACUUGGGCUGAAUCUGUGCCCCUAUAAGUGCACUAAUGAAUACCCUGUAAUUAUUUUAAACUUGUUUGUAAAGCUUUUAAAAGCUGCUUGAACUAAAUACCAAAAACAGUUACACAACUUGGGCUCCUCUAUGACCAGGCCUCAGAUCUCAUGCUGGGGAUUUUGUGUGUCUAAGGGGGCAUUUCCCAAGCACUUUUAUUUAUUUUAUUUUGGUGGCGCAUGGCAAGGGUUUCUCUGAGGUGCAGAAUCUGCCUUCCACAGCUGUGGAAAGUGUUAGCUGUAACCAGAUUUGAAUCUGAUUUUGUACCUGUAGUUUGUACAGGCUUAAUUGAUUAGUUUAAUUGAUUAAUUUAUUAAUUAUCUUCCUCUCAAAAACACUCUGCUGAGCCCCAGGAUAGGGCAGCACACCCUGGGUUACAGCAGAAGAAAGCUGAGAAAGCACAAAAACAGGUUUCAUUAAUCAAUUAAUAAAUUCAAACUCCUCAUAGUGCAAAGCACUACACAAUUCACUCAAUGAUGUGCAUUGAAAUAAUUCCUGCUUUGAUGGGGUGAUAUUUCCAAGAGAAUCAUGAAAUUCCCUGCUCCCUUUUGGCUCAGUUGGGACUGUUUGGUUCACUUUCCCUGUACCCACCUGCUUUUCCCUGACCUGCCCAUGGCAUUUCAUAAUCCUGCUGAUGCUCUCUUCAUCAUCCUUGGAACUUUUUACCCUCCAGGCUCUGGCAAUUUCUCCAAUGGUACAGCUGGAAUGGUACAUUUAACUUCAGGGAGCUUCUGAUUUUUAAAAAAAUUCUCAAUUUCUUCUUAAGUCAUUUUUCUUUGUCCUCCUAAACUCCUUUAUUACUGUUGCACAUAUUUGCAAAGCUGCUUUGCUUUGUUUUCCCCCUUUUAUUUUUUUGCUUUUC